CGAUAGAGCCUCGUCAAAAGUCAGGGUGCUGACUGAGUGCAGCUUUGCGAAUCUGACUUUCCCCCUCCUCUCUUUUGCUGUUUCAAUUUUGGUUGUUGGUCUAUUACAAUAGCCAACACGUAAGAAACGGCGUGUGGUUCUAUUGUUGUUCGCCGCAUUUUAAUCACACUGUUGAGUGAGUUUCACGGCGAGUUGUUAGAAAGGGACCGAGAUUUCACUUUGGCUGAUGACUAGCUCCAUUGGAUGAUCACACUAUGACUGGCAUCAAGUCUUUCAUUGAUAUUCAGUAUUAAUUUCAUAUUAAAAAUCAAUUUGAAUUGCAGGGCAGAUUUAUUCUGCAGUUGCCAUCCACUUGCAACAUCGCUCAAAGGUGUAAUUAUUAUUAUAGAAAUUUAAGAACAAAUCUAAGACAAUUAAAAUAAACUGGAAGAAAAUAUAGAACAACUUCUGCGGGGAAUUUGCUCGAGAUCGACGUGCUUCAUCUGAGUUUGACUGAUUUGGAGGCAAAAACUCGAGACGACCAGAUGGCCAUAUUACCAAUGCCUAGACUUCCACUGCCGUUAUGGCCCCACCCUCCUCCUAUGUUAGCAGCGGGCACCUCGCCAAACUCUUCGGAAUCUCUUAUGACUUUCCGGUCGCCCCUCCCAUUCCCGACUCAGGUAUUUCCAGCUGGUCAGGCGACUCUUGGUGCCCCCUUUCCCCGAAGCAUACCAGGUGCUUUCCCGACAUCAUCUCAAGGAGGGAGAGGAAUUCCUAACGUCUUCCACCAUGAGUUCCUCAAAGCACACGGUUCUUACCCGAAUCGACGGCCUUUCACCAGACCCCACGGUGAAAUACCGGUCUCCUCUCCUCCAUCGAGAUUAUCUGUAUCACCCGUUCAUCCCUUGCAUAAUCUGACAUCUCCUCUUGGGCGGAACGCACCCGGAGAUUCCCGUGGAAUCGAUGGAAGCGAUUCGCUGGAAAAGCGGGAGAAAUACAAUUUUUCUGCAUCGGAUCUUGAGUGCGCCUUGUACGGUUAUCUUCGGGGUAGUACCGGGGAAGAGAGGUAUCCAGGUUGUGCAAUGUCGGGGCUCCCAUCUCAGCAUAAAGAUGACAAACUUUCGACGUCACCAUCGACAUCAAAGACGAUCUCGAAAGUGGAAACAAUUCCAGACGAACAAAAGAAAUCUCAGGUUCUCUCUCAGAAGUUAGGUGAUAUCAAUGCAGGAGAUCUCCCAGAGGGACUGUCUAUUUUGAGAUCGAGUUUCGGAUCCAUAUCGCCUCAUUACAGUGCUUUUUGUCAGCAGACAGUGAUCUUGAAAGGAACUCGGUUCGGACCGUUUACUGGACGAGUAGUACACCCCAGUGAGAUCAAAUCACAUGAUGAUACCAGUCUUAUGUGGGAGAUUUUCAAAGAUGGAAAGCUGAGUCAUUUCAUUGACGGUCGUCAAGGGGCCUUUUCGUGGAUGAGUUUGAUUAAAUGCGCCCGCUACGCCCAAGAACAAAAUCUCAUCGCGAUUCAAGUUGACGACAAAAUAUACUACGAAGCCUGCAAAGAUAUUCCACGGGGUACAGAACUUCUUGUCUGGUAUGGCGAUUCAUACCUUCAAUUCAUGGGCAUACCUAUUGCUCUGAAGGACGCCAGCCGCGGUCAAACAAGUUUAGGCAACGACGAGAACAUCGACGAUUCUGCUGGAUACCACUGUGAUCGUUGUGGAAAGGUGUUCGCCUACAAGGAUUACCGUGAUAAACAUCUCAAGUACACUCGGUGUGUGGAUCAGGGGGAUAGAAAGUUCCCUUGUCACCUCUGCAAACGAUCGUUUGAAAAGCGAGAUAGGCUUCGAAUCCACAUCCUGCACGUACAUCAGAAACAUCGACCACACAAGUGCACUGUGUGCGGAAAGAGCUUUUCACAGUCAUCAAGCCUCAACAAGCAUCUCCGUGUGCAUUCCGGUGAGCGUCCUUACAAGUGCGUGUACUGUGGCAAAGCUUUCACAGCUUCCAGCAUCCUCAGAACCCAUCUCAGACAACACUCGGGUGAAAAGCCUUUCAAAUGUCGUCACUGUGGCAAGGCAUUCGCUUCACAUGCAGCCCAUGACAGUCAUGUCCGCCGAACCCAUGCCAAAGAAAGACCAUGUGUGUGUCAGUUCUGUGGGAAAGCCUUCACUCAGUCCUAUGAACUCAAGUUCCAUCUCAGCAUACAUGAGGGCGAAGCAAAGCCAUAUUCGUGUGAAGGAUGCAACCAGACUUUCCCUACCUCAACAGCAAGAGACACCCAUCGGUCAAGUCUUGAAUGUCCUCGAUUCAACCCGCAACACGUAGCUUAUCUCGGAAUCGACUCGCUUCCUUCAGCGCCCUCCACACCAGGGGCAGCAUCCGUAGCCUCGACCUCAAGCAACGGCAGCGGAAGCAGCUUUGGGACAUCGUCGCGCGGAUCAAGCAUGGAUGUCAAUGCCGCGGACAGCCAUGGUCACGUGGGUGUUGCGUCGUCAUUUGUGGACGAAAACGAUAAUAUCCCAAACAGCGGUGUUCUGUUAUCUACCACACCUGUGACAUUCAACAGAGCUAUGAAUGUGAAAUGAUUAAAAUAAAAAGAACACUUCAUGAAGUUAAAAGAAAAAUGUGUUUAUUUAUGACUCGUACAUAGCUUUCUUGACACCCUGAGGCGUGAUAGUUGAUAGUGAAGCUGUCUAGGAUUCCGAGAUUGAAAUGCAGGUGAUGCGCUACUCCGCUUUCGUGAGGAAGACUUAUUUAAGUGAUGAAUGAACUUUGCCAAAAGUGUAGAAGAUGUGAUUCUAAGGGAACAAGAUGUGUAUUGUUCAAUGAACAAUACCUGAA